UACCACUCUCAUCGGGGAUAGCGUAGAACGGUUCUUUCGCUUCAAAGUAACAAAUAUAAAACCAUGCGUGAAAUCAUCUCUAUUCAUAUCGGCCAAGCCGGAGUCCAGAUGGGCAAUGCAUGCUGGGAACUCUUCUGCCACGAGCACGAAAUCGAGGCUGAUGGCCAGAUGCCCUCAGACAGGACCGUCGGAUUUGGUGACGACUCCUUCAAUACCUUCUUCAGUGAGACUGGAGCUGGCAAGCACGUACCUCGCGCUGUGUUCGCCGAUCUUGAACCGUCUGUUAUAGAUGAAGUCCGGACUGGAUCCUAUCGUGAGCUCUAUCACCCAGACCAACUGAUCAGCGGCAAGGAAGAUGCCGCAAACAACUUCGCUCGUGGUCAUUACACCGUCGGGAAGGAGAGUGUCGACCUUACCAUGGACAAGAUUCGGAAGAUGACAGAACGGUGCAGUGGUCUUCAGGGUUUCAUGCUGUUCCGGAGCUUUGGGGGUGGCACUGGGUCUGGGUUUGCUGCUCUGCUCGAGGAAAGACUCUCAGUCGAUUAUGGAAAAACAACCAAGAUGGAGUUCGAUAUCUAUCCUUCACCGUUGGUUUCGACCGCCGUGGUCGAGCCGUACAACACCGUUUUGUCGACCCAUACGACAUUGGAUCAUUCCGAUGUCUCCUUCAUGUUUGACAACGAAGCCAUGUUCGACAUUUGCAAGAAAAAAUUGAGCAUCGAGCGUCCCUCAUACCAGAAUCUGAAUCGCCUGCUGGCACAAAUUGUGUCCUCCAUGACAUGUUCUCUGCGAUUCGACGGUCAACUCAACGUUGACCUGAACGAGUUCCAGACAAAUCUUGUGCCAUAUCCACGCAUCCAUUUCCCACUCUCCUGCCUCUCGCCGAUCAUGUCCAGUGAAAAAUCAUUCCAUGAGACAAACAGUGCAGCGGAUAUCACAAAUGAGUGUUUCGAACCUGCGAACCAGAUGGUGCAGUGUGACCCAAGGAAAGGAAAAUACAUGGCCUGCUGUCUCCUGUACCGUGGUGAUGUCGUCCCCAAGGAUGUCAAUGCUGCUAUCGCUACCAUCAAGACCAAGCGUACCAUACAAUUCGUCGACUGGUGUCCAACUGGCUUCAAGGUCGGUAUCAACCACCAGUCGCUUGCGAUGGUACCAGGAGGAGACAUAGCAAAAGUCAAAAGGGCGGUGUGCAUGCUAAGCAACAAUACUGCCAUAGCCGAGGCUUGGGCACGCGUCAACCACAAGUUCGAUCUGAUGUACGCCAAGCGGGCGUUUGUCCAUUGGUUUGUUGGGGAAGGGAUGGAGGAGGGAGAGUUCUCCGAGGCUCGUGAGGAUUUGGCUGCUCUCGAGAAGGACUACGAAGAUGUCGCCUUAGAGACGGGGGCUGAUGAGGAGGAGGACGAAGAUGAGGAAUACUGAACUUUAGAGAGCAUUCUAUCUUGAAAAUAGCUUGAUGCCGUCGCUUAUUGGCGAGCAAGUGCUCAUUUUCUCUACUAUUUUUUUUUCUUUAUAACAAUUUGCAUUUUUAAUGAUGGACAAUUAAGGUAGCUAAAAUAUAAUAAAUAUUUAUGGAAGUAAGGUAC